AUGAUCUCCGUCAAGCGCCGUCCAUCAAGAGUGAAAACCAAUUCGAGAACAUUCAAAAGCCCAAUGUUCGCAGAGCCACAGAUAAAGAAACAGAGUUUUAACGGGAGCAUUGCAAUGGAGAACACUGAGGUCGAAAAGAUUUGCUCGAUCGAAGAUGGGGGACAGCUGACCAGGAGUCGGCAUAACAGCGUCCGGCGUUCCCAGAGCUUCAAGACGAAGCAGCUGGUGCGCAGCCAGGCGAUACGCGAGGCCGCGUCCCCGCCCCGCACCGCCUCCCCGGCCUCCUAUUCCCCGGACCAGGCGAAGGGCGCAAAGGCGGAGCUUAGCGCGCGCGCCAGCGGCAAUGGCAAUGGCAAUGGCAACGGCAAUGGCAACGCGAGCGACGCGUCCAGCCACGCCAGCGACGCGAGCUCCGGCGAGAGGAGGGACGAAGACGGCAAGAGGCGGCCGGUCGAGAUACAGAUAACGCACGGCGGCUGGGAGUCGGAGUCCAGCCUCGAGCAACGUCAGCGCACCCAGCUUUGGCUCGGGAACCGCCACCACUCUGAGUCUUCGCGCGACCUGCUCUCGAACAAUCCGCGCGUCGCCUGCGUCUGCGGCGCCUGCGGGGUCUGCCCCCACUGCAGAGGCCGCCGGCGCAAACCCAUCUGCCCGUCGAAACAGGAUUCCGGCAUCGUCUGCUCGGACGAGUGCCCUGACUGUUCCGACUCGGAGCAGAUUGCUAGCCCAAAAGAAGGCUCGAAGCAAUCUGGCAGUGUCGACGUAGACGACACGUUCUACUGCAGAUGCCCAGAGCGAAAGGAAAAACCAAAGAAUACUUUAAGUAGGACAGAUUCGGAUGAUAAGGCGGAACCCACUGGGCCUGAACUAGUGGACUUCAUUAAGGAAACGCUUAAUAAAAAUCCACGCGAUAGAUUGACAUUGCUGAAGAUUGAGAAGGAGCUACACAAUCUAGUUAACGACACCGGUCGUUGCAUAGUGCGCUUCCCGGUGAUGACGUCAUACGGCCGGAUGCUGGUGCACCGUUGCGCGCAGCUGUUCCAGCUGACCCACCAGCUCGACCAAACCAACAAGACCUCCGUGAUGGUCUCCAAAAUGGGUACUAGCGGUGGUCGGAUACCAUGCACAAGUUUCAAGGACUGGUGCACCACCAUCUUUCCGUGCAGCCCCCAGCAUAGACGCGACGAGACGCUCGCCAAGUCGAUUUUGAAGCGGUCUGCGGCGGCGGGCGAGGAGGCGGGCGGCGCCGGCCCCGGAACGGUCCGCAGCAAAUCGCUCGAGCAGCGCGAACGCGACUACGAGCGUGUGCGUAGACGCAUCUUCAGCUCGGACAACUGCGCUCAAGACGAAUCGCAAUGGCCUUGGCUGAGCACGGGGCCCGUGAAGCUGCUGACAUCCGAAGGGCGGAACAAGCUUAUCAAAGUGCAGUCGCUGGAGAGGAGCGGCUGCGAUGUUCCAAGGGCCCGAGGCGCCGUCUCCAAGAGCCACAGCUUCGGCGGCUACGCGGCCGACGCGCCGCAGCAGCGCCUGCUCAGCAAGCAAGGCGACCUAGCGUCGAGCAGUUGGCGUUUGUCCCCUUCCAGUUCUGGUUACAAGACUCUCAGUUUGAGGAGCACAGAUUCUGUAACACCGUCACCCACGGGUGGCGCUAGUCCUGAACCGGGAGUCGAAUGUGGCGCUGUAGUGUGGGCGGUGACAGACCUCUCCUCAGUUCCACCGGGGGCGCUGGUCAUCCACCCACAGACCGGCCGGCCGCUGACCAACCCCGAUGGCAGCGUGUACCACUUCGACCCCGCCAAUCCUCCAGUGCUUCAAGACGCUACCGUUUACCUGCAGAAUGACCAAUUCAAGGCCGACGCCAGUAACGAGAAGAGGCGAGGCAGAUUAGAGAAACAACACUCUUUUAUGGACAAUGAAUGCGAGUGUCAGCCCGCCGAAGAUUGUCGCACCAAAUGUUGCUGCGAAUGUCGAAGACAGGAGCCCUGCAACAAAACCUCCAAUGAAAAGGCACUAAAUAUUGCACCAGUCCAGCCGGAACAGAAGCCCGACUCGAUGCCCCAAAGCCCGGUCAAGGCGCGUGUCGAGCCCGCCCCAGCCGCCAGCGCAGCCCAGCCGGCCAAGCCAGCCCCGGAGCCCGAGGAGCGCCCAGCCCAAAAAGCCUACGAGCCCGAGAACCGCUACGAGGCGCAGCGUAACCCCUACGAGGGCCAGCGGAACCACUACGAAGCGCAACGUAGCGCCUACGAGCCAGCGCAGAGGACCCACGAGGCCAGCCAGAGGCCGGUGUACGAGAGUCCACGUUACAAUGGCUCGCCGAGCCACCGGACCCCCUCUUUGGAGCAGCAGAGGGCGUUGGAGCAGGCCAGCCACAGGAACCAGGAGCUGCAGGCCCACCGGCUGGCGAACAGGCUCUGUCAAGAGGGCCGCCAGGAGGUCGCUCAGUAUUUGGUGCAGCCCUACAUGCAAGGCUACAGGACGGAGGAGGUGACGUCACCGCCGCAGGCCAUCCCCAACCCGGCGUACGUGCAGGCCGACAUGGCGAGCCUACACAACGUGAUGCUGCAGGCCAAAGUCACACCCGUACCCAUACAGGACCCAAAUAUGCGCUCAAUGUCGAUUACCAACGUUAUGUACCCCUCGCCGAUGGCGCAAGGGUUCCCGUUCGUCAACCCUUGUCGUUUGGACGCUCCUAUGCAGCCCGUAUAUCAGCAAAUGAUGCAGCAACAGCCCGAUGAGACGAAGCAGCUCGCCGCUUCACCGCACAACAAUGACACCACCUUCCGUAUAGACCCAAGCUACCCGUACGCGGCGGAAAUCAGCGCAGCGUGUGGCGGUUGCGUUGGCGCCUGUGACCCGACUCUCCAGCACCAGCAUCGAGGGUACAACGUGUCGUACGCGCCAGUGGAAGUGCCGCAGUAUCCCGUAAGCAACGUGAUAUUGCCACAGCAGAUUCCCCACUACCCAGUAGGACAGUAUCAAGAGACAGUUCCGUGGGCGGUUCCAUCGGUGGCCCCGCCGAAGCUGCUGGUCCAAGAGCUGUACCCGGUCGUGUACCCCAACGUGUACCCACAGUACAACGUCGUCUAUCCACCGGUGCUGCAGCAGCCGUACCCGCUGUGCCAGCCGGUGUACCCGGUGGCGGAGAGGCCGUCGGAGGCGCAGAGGCGGGCCGCCGCCGAGCAGAGGCCGCCGCAGCCGGCGGGCGCCUCCGCGCGGGGCACCCCCGAGAGGCCGCAGAGGUCGCCGGAGGCGCGCGAGCCGAGCGCGGGCACCGAGAUUGCCGCCAAGAUACAGCAGAUCAAGGAGCAGAUGGCGCAGUUGAACACGCGCGAGCGGGACGGCGACAGGGAGAGGGAGAGGGGGCAACGCCGCGACGAGUGGCGCCGCCGCAACAGCGGCAACGGCAUACUCGGCAACUACCCCGCCGCCAAUCACUUCAACGGCAGGCUCGUCGCACGGACGCCAAACGACGAAACACAGCUGAGCUCGGCAGCUCGUGCCAUCGUCAACUCCAUAAGGAGCAUGCAGGCGAGGAGUACAUACCACCCCGACGGCCGCCGCUCGUACGAGUACCCAGCGCAGUACUACCGCCACGAGAACAGGCACGAGCCGCAGAACAGGCACAGGCAGCGGCAGGAGAGGGGCGAGCAGGAGAACAGGCAGGCGGAGAAGCCCAGCGCCCCCUACAACGCCAGGCGGGCGGACAACUCAGAGGGCAAAGACGGCGAGAGGCGGCCCGAGGGGCCCAACAGGAAUAGAAACUUCAACCCGGUCCCCUUCCAAUACCGGCCGCCGUAUCUCUUCCGCCAGAUGUCGCCCGGCACAUGGUGCAGGCGGUCGCCGGGGCCAGUGCAUCCAGUGAUGAAUCAUCCGAGGCGACCGCAUCCGGACACUAGGAACGGCCGACGU